UCGAUACGCAGUUGUCCAAAAAUGAGCUAAGACUUAAUAAAGAGCCCAGUCAUGUCCCAAAAUGAUUCUGAUGAUGUUCGCAGCACCGCUCAGCUGCUGCUCACAAAUGCGAGACACAGCGGUGUUCCCUACCAUAUUCCAUAUGAUAUGUCUCGGGCGCACGCCAUUAAUUUGUUUACGGAUGAGUUCCUAGGCGGCUAUUCCCAGGAUGGACGAAUGUCGGUGGUGCGAAGAUUCUUUUGCCUCUUUGUUACAUUCGAUUUGUUGUUUGUAUCGCUACUUUGGCUCAUUUGCAUAGUUAUUGGUGGCGAUAAUAUAUUCCAGGCCUUUCAGAAACAAGUUAUGCACUAUACCAUAUAUACAUCACUCUUUGAUGUUGUUGCCACAGCGCUUUGUCGUUUCAUCGUCCUAAUUUUCUUCUAUGCAUUGUUGUAUAUAAAUCAUUGGUCGAUCAUUGCACUUUCUACCAGUGCCUCAUGUCUGUUUCUCAUCACCAAAGUGUUUUUCUAUGAUUGGGUGCACUCCAAGCAACAAGUCUUCGAUGUCAUACUCAUUAUAACCUCCUUCAUUCUGGCCUGGGGCGAGGCUUGGUUUCUGGAUUGCCGUGUUAUACCACAGGAACGUCAUGCCCGCCGUUAUUUUGCUGCCGCGAGCUCAACCGAUCGCGCAGCAUUGACGCAGCCAACGAUUUUGGCUGAACGUGAGCGCCCAGAUCAGAGUGUUACUGAUUUUUAUUCACCCUUGGAUACGGCUCACCAUUCGGACGAGGAGGAUGAACAGGACGAGGAGUACAAUCAAAUGGGCUUAGAUUGCCUCCUCAAGGCAUAUGAGCUUAUCGAGUCCGCAGAUUGGAAGAUGGAAAAAGUUACUCCCAAGGGCGAUACAAUCUACAGCACGCAGCGCGAAAAAAUUGGCAAGAUUUAUAAAUUAACGGCACGCCUGAAGUAUCCAGCAAAAGCGCUUAUGGAGGAGCUCUUCUAUCGCAUUGAGGAUGUGACCAAGUGGAAUCCAACUUUAUUAGAGUCCAGAAUUGUGCGAAAAAUCAAUUCGUAUACCGACAUUUCGUAUCAAGUUUCUGUUGGCGGCGGCGGCGGCAUGGUCAAGAGUCGCGAUUUUGUUAACUUGCGUUCGUGUCGUUUAAUUUACAAUGGUAAAAUCUGCAAUGAUGAUGAGGCGGCUAAGCUAAGCAGUGAGGAUGAAGACGAUAAUUCUUUGAACCGUUCUUGUGAGGGCAGCGUAACCACAAUAUCGGACAAUGAAUCACAUACACCACAAUUUGGGAGUGUUGCCAAUAGUUAUCGCAGCAAAUUUUUUGGCCAGAGCUCGUUGCCGCCAGCAGAGGUGGUAACAACCAAUACGACACCUACAGCACCCACCACAUCGGCAACACCCUACGACACAUUGAGUAAAAGUCUGGGUGCCAAAAGUUUGGGUGCUGCUUUGGUUUUUCCCGUGGAGCCACCGCCAUUGGAUGAUGAAUUUGAGGAUGCCAAAGAUCAGCCAGACAAUACGCCGUCCGUUGUGAAGAAACCAGACAGUUCGGUCGGCAAGACCAACAACAAGGUGUGGAUGAGCGCGGCAAUAAGCGUGGAAUAUCCAGCAAUAGCUGCGACUACCAAGUACAUAAGAGGCGAGAACAUUGUGUCGGGCUUUGCAUUUCGAGAAAUCAUUGGCAAAAAGGAUGGCUGCAUUUUGGAAUGGGUGCUCUGCCUGGAUCUCAAGGGCUACAUACCACGCUAUGUGCUAGAUGCAGCGCUUACCUCAACCAUGGUGGACUAUAUGAAAUACCUGCGCAAGCACGUAAACGAGCUGCGACAGCGUCGACGUCGCUGAUUGUAUAUAGUUUAAGACGAUAAAGUGAUAUGUCGUAUAUAUAAUGCUCUUGCAGCAUAUACUAAUUGUAUUCUACGUAAAAACUAAUUCUAUUCUAAUUGUAUCUCAAGCUGUAGUUAAGCCAUCGAAAAGUAAAAACAAACAAAGUGAAGUGCAUUCAUUGAUGAUAAGUUUAUUGAGUAUGUAUGUAUGCUAUAUUUAUAUAUGUGGUAGAUAUUGUAAGUUAUGUGUAUGGACGACUUAACUAAUACAUUUUAUACAAUGCUCUUUUA